UGAGAUGGAUGGAGUACUGGAGUAGAUUGGGUUGAGCGAUCCAUGGACGAGCUCGGCGGACUCGGCGGGAGACGAUCAAAGUCGAUCGAUUCUCUCACGAUGACGCGCUCUGUUGUGCGGGUGUAACCUUCGGCCAGCGCCGCAUGCGUCUUCACUGACUUCACUUCACUUGAUCUGCUGCCCCUUUUCACUUCAUUCCAUUUCUUCCUCAUGUUGACUACCUCUUGCAUGCUAUCUUGAUUACCCACCAGACUUUUACUGGUUCUCGUCGGUUUUACACAGUAUAUAGAUCGACCUCUUCAUUCCUUUCUCCCGCCUACACAGCCACAGCAUGCGGCAACCAUGAGCGGUCAAGCAGCCAGCUAUUACAACACCGACCAGCGCUUUGACGGCCCUCCGUCUCAGCAGCAGCAGCAGCAACAGCAACAGUAUUACAACAAUGGCUACCCUCCUGCCCCCAACGGAGGAGACUACCGCGGCCCGGAGCCCAAACCACCUCAGCCACCACAAGAACCACCCCCAACCUACAACCAGGCCGUCUACGGCUUCGACGAUGCCUUCAAGGUCGAGAAACCGAAAUGGAACGAUCUAUGGGCUGGUCUUCUGCUCAUCGCCGUCUUCCUAGGCUACGCCGCCGUCUCCGGCGUCGUCAUCUACCGGUACAGCAAAUACCACACCCUGAACGGCGGGGGCAUCUACGGCGCGGCGAACGACUUCUCGCUGAACACGAACACGGUGAUCCUACUGGUAUUCGUGCUGGCGGUGGCGCUGGUGCUGUCGUACGCGUACUGGGUCGGGGUGCGCACAUUCCCCAAGCUCUUCAUUUGGGUGACGGGGAUCCUGAAUAUCGUGUUCGCGCUGGCGACGGCGAUCUACUACCUGACGCAGCACCAAUGGGGCGGGGGCAUUGUGUUUCUGAUCUUCGGGGUGUUCGCGAUCGUGUGCUUCAUCAGCUGGAUCCCGCGGAUCCCGUUCACGGCGUUCAUGAUGCAGACGUCCAUCGACGUGUCGCGGCGCUACGGGCACAUGUUCCUGGUGAGCACAGUGGGCGGGCUGGUGGCGGUGGCGUUCGGGGCGUGGUUCUCGGUGACCCUCGUGUCGAUUUACGUCGCGUAUGAGCCCGGCGGGAACGGGGACGGGGUGAACCCUGCGUGUCGCGACGGAGGGGGCGGGUGCAGUCGCGCGCGGGUGAUCGGCUUGGUCGUGUACGUGACGUUCGCGAUGUACUGGUUCAGCGAGUGGCUGAAGAACACGGUGCACACGACGAUCGCGGGGGUGUACGGGUCGUGGUACUUCUGCAGCGGCACGGCGCAGGGGAUGCCGGCGGGCGCGACGCGGGGCGCGCUGCGGCGGGCGACGACCUACUCGUUCGGCAGCAUCAGCUUCGGGAGCUUGAUCAUCGCGCUGAUCAACAUGCUGCGGCAGGCGUGCAGCGUGGCGCAGCGGCACGAGGCGGCGCAGGGCAGUCUCGUCGGCAGCGUGGCCUUCUGGGUCCUCGGGUGUUUUAUCAGCUUGCUGGACUGGCUGGUCACCUUCUUCAACCGCUACGCCUUCUGCCACAUCGCGCUGUACGGCAAGGCGUACCUCCCCGCGGCGCGCGACACCUGGACCAUGAUGAAGGACCGCGGCGUCGACGCCCUGGCCGCCGACUGUCUGGUCGGGCCCGUGCUGACCAUGGGGUCGGUCUUCGUGAGCUACGUGUGCGCCCUCCUCGCCUACCUGUAUCUGCGGUACACCCACCCGGCCUACAACCAGGACGGGGACUUCACGGCGGUGAUCAUGGCGUUUGCGUUUGUGAUCGGGCUGCAGAUCUGCCAGAUCUUCAUGACGCCGAUGAGCAGCGGCAUCGAGACCAUCUUUGCCGCCAUGGCGUGGGAUCCCCAGGUCAUGAUCGAGCAGCAUCCGGAUCUGUAUCAGCGGUUGGUGCAGUUGUAUCCGCGGGUGCAGCAGGCGAUUCAUGCGUAGGGCCGGGAGGCUUCAGGGUUGGUUGUUGUUUGUCUAGUAGACUUGGUGGUGGUUAGACUGCACGUGGUACUAUAGUGUAUCCUCGAACCGCCAGAGGCACUGCUAAUUUAAUAAUAAUGCUAAUGUACUGUCAAGACACUGUUAAA